CCUAGUACAGUGUACCUCAGUCACAGUACCUCCAGGCACUAGGUGCGGAAUAAAGACUUCCAUUGACACAAUGGCACCACCUACGACGCGACGCGUGACACGGUCAUCGACCACCAAAGCACCACCGCCACAACAAGAGGAGUCCACUACGAGCAAAUCAGACCAGGGUUCCGAUGUGCAAAACAAAGUACCAAAUGCACGAGGCGGGAAAAAGCGCCUUGCAUCAUCUUCAGUCGGUGUACGCGAUGAACCAGGUCUACCAGCAAAGAAGGUAACCAAAACAUCCCGCGAUGGUGGCAAUACUAGUAAUCUGAAGAAGCCAAAUGGAAAGACCCAGAAGCAGGAACAGAAAGAUGUUGGUUCUUCAAAGACGAAAAGUGCCACCUCCAAUGCCACCUCCAAUACUACGAUAUUCCCAAAGUCGAAGGUCGAGUUCAGUGCAUUCACCAUUGCAACAUCCUCAGCCUCGUCCUCGGCGAGCAAAAAGCCCGCAGCAUCUUCGGUCUUGAGAUGUCAACGAUCUGACCCAGACGGUGCGGUUCUGCCAUCACUGAUCUUCACGCAUGGGGCUGGUGGGGAUUUAAGUGCACCGGCCAUGGUUCAUUUCUCUCAGGGAUUCACGUCGACCGGGUCAGGAAUGGUCAUGUUCGAAGGUAACAGCAACCUCAAGAGCCGAGCGGCCGGAUUUGAACGGAUACUGGAGCAUGGUGGGAGAGAAAAGUGGUGGGAUGGAAUGGGGGUUGGUAAUGCUGAUGACAAGACCGGGCGAGUGAGGAAAACGGCUACAACGGCAACAAUACCUGCCAUGGGUGGUCGUAGUCUUGGGGCUCGCGCGGCCGUCACGGCGGCAUUGCAACUCGACCAAUCUUCCACAUCGCCGUCGCCGUCGCCAAGAGUCAGUCUCGUCCUCUCUUCAUAUCCGCUCAUCAGCCCGUCCGGCGAUGUACGUGACCAGAUCUUACUUGCACUGCCGCAGAACAUGGACGUUUUGUUCAUCUCGGGCGACAACGACUCCAUGUGUCCUCUAGACCGUCUUCAAGCUGUGAGGGCAAAGAUGAAGGCUCCCUCGUGGUUGGUUGUCGUCAAGGGUGCUGACCAUGGCAUGAAAGUCAAAGGUGGAAAGGACUUGAAGACGGGUUGUGAGCGGGUUGGUUUGGUCUGUGGUUGGCUGGCAUGGCGGUGGUGUUCCGACAGAGAUGAACAUAGGCAGGGACAGGGAGAGUCAAAGGGACAAGGCAAGAAAGAUGACGGAAGACAGAUGACGGUGAGGUGGGAUGGUGAUUUGCAUAGUGUGGUCUUGGAUGGUUGGGAUGGAAGUGAAGAACAGGUCAUCUGGGAUUAGUAGAAGCACU